CGGGUGCCAGGCACUUCUUUCACGGGCCUGACUUUUGUUCUUUUAUUCAUUUACUCAUCAGAGUUUGCUUUCCCGUCAAUCACACAUCCAGUCGUUCUUCACACCGCAUCAGGCGACGCGACGCAUAAGAGGUCUUCCAUCGACGACAGUAGAAAUCAUCAAGAGAUACACCGACACGACCACGCCCGGCUUCGGCCACCCUAAAAGCUCGACUUACACGAGCACUCACCACCUCUUGUCGAGCUUUCCCAACCACCAAAACCACAAAACACAGAGAACAGGAUGCGAGGAUUCACUGCCCCGCGAGCAGUUGCAGGCGCCAUCAAGCAGAUCACAUCGACUUCCGCUCACGCCCCGAGGGCAAGCUUCGCCCCGGCCCCCGUGGCUCGCAGCGCUAGCACCGUUUCCCACCAUGGCUCUGGCUUCGGCAGCCAACUUCUGGAGCCUGGAGUAGCUCUUAAGGGUUACUCUGGCCGUGAGUACGUCAUUGAGAAUGUCCUUCAGGAUCGCCAGGACCGCUUUGUCUACCUUGCCAAGGCCGACGAGCAGAAAUUUGUGCUCAAGAACCUGUUCGAGAACGAAUACAACUACGCCUUGCCCCUGCAGCUGAGGUACAACAGCUCGCCUUAUCUCCGGGCUUUGCGCGACACCAUCCCUGAGCAGCGCAUGUUUGUCAACGAGUACCUUUCGGACCACCUCCUCAACUUUGCCUUCAAGGACAUCUCGUCCAACACACAGAAGCGGAUCAUGAGGGACGCUCUCCGUGGACUGGCGACUCUGCACGACCACAAUAUCGUGCACCUUGAUGUCAAGGCAAACAACAUCAUGGUUGACUACAAGGAGACUGCCGAGGGCAUUUCCGUUAGCCGUGUCCAGCUGUCCGACCUCGAGGAUGCCACCUACAUCCCCGUUGGACAGGCGCUCCGUGGCGUGGCUGUUGGCAACCAGCUCUGGCGUAGCCCCGAGGCCCAUGCCGAGGGAUUCGUGGGCAAGCCCUCGGAUGUGUUCUCCUUGGCACUUGUCUUCAUCUUCCUGCGUCUGAAGCGAGUCAUCUUCUACAACGAGAACGAUUCACAGACUCUGGAUCCCAUGGCCGAGAUUCUUUCUCGGCAGAUCUCCACUUUCGCCGAGUGGAAAGACUUUGAGGCUUUCCUGAGCUACCUUGGCCACCGCCACCCUCAGGUUCCUCGAUUCCGUCGCAUCGCGGAGACCUUCACCGAAGAGAACCCUCGACACCCCUUCGGACUCUGGAAGAGCGACGCUCUUGACACUCAAUUCAAGGACCUCAUCCGCAAGAUGACCAACUUUGACCCGCGCAAGCGCGUCACUGCCCAGCAGGCUCUUCGACAUGCCUUCUUCAAGGACAUUGUCGAGGAGUAAGAGCAAGAGCAUCGCAUGGCACAGCGUUUCAUUUGUUGUCAGAUUUAUUUUUCACUCUGAAGUUUUCGCAUGGCGUUCUGAGAUUUAUGGCCUUGGUCAUAAUAGAGAGGGCAGUGGGUAACAACCACAAGAUCAUGACACCUACAAUUGGGAAGAUUUGCAUUAGGCGAUGGCGUUUGGGUAACAAAAAGCUAUUAACGGGAUCUGAAAGGUCCACGUUUGGGAUUCGGAUACACAAUCACGGCCUGGCAUGGCUGAUAUGGGACACUGGAUAAUCUCUACCCAAGCCGAGAAACGGCGGGCUGGAAAGAGAUGAUUAGAGCAAAACACCUAAUACUAAUACGUCUUCCCCUAAGAUGCCACGGCAUUCACGGGGUAACUCAACAUCACUGUUCGUUCUUGAAAAUAUGUUCCACGGUCU